UCUGGGUUUGCUUUCCUCUCUUCUCCCUUCAGCAUGAAGGUGGUAGGACUCUACCAUUCACUGGGGCUGAAAUAGGGGCUGAAAAAUGAGCUGGCUCAGAGAGCCUUUGAAGCUGCAAGUUGCUGUCUCCCCCUGUGUUUCCUCACAAUGGAAUGGUCGUGAAGUUGAGGUUGGUGGGGGAGGCAGAGUCAGAGCAAGCAGUUCUAGAAACCAGCUGAUCACUUCUGUGGUAUUCAGCCAGAGAGUGAGAGCGUGACAGAAAGCGAAAAAAAGAAAGCAAUUCGGUAGAGAAAAAAGGACGAGGAAAUAAGCUCGACAAAGAGAAAGCAGGUUGUAGCAUUUAUAUUUGGUCAAGGUUAAAGGUUAAUCAGGUUAAAUACAUGUUUCUUAUCUAUUAAUGAAUUUGGUGGCUACUAUGUGAAGAAGUAAACAAUCUGGAGGUGGCACAUGAAGAUAUGUAACCUGCAACAGGUCACCGUUUACAUUUUUAAUCAGUCAUAAACUAAUCUACCAAUUGUCAAACUGGAAUAGUUAUUUAUUGCUUGGAAAAACAUAUUCAAACUGAAGAGGAUGUCUUGGUUGUCACCCGCCUCAUGGGCCAAGUGGACUUGGACUACAGUGCGAGGAGCAGAGGAGGGUCAGGAGGAUGAAGAGGGCCAGAAGGCCAGGGAGGAGGAAGGACUGCGCAGGGAGGAUUUGGAGGAGGACGAAGAGAGGUCUCAAGGCUUCAGCUCUGACUCUGAGAGCCAUUUUGAGACCCCUGAGGCAGAAACCCCGGUGCACUCUCUGCUAACAGUGCCAGAAGACCUGGAGUUAGCCCUGACUAUAGCAGAUCAAGGCCAUGAAGAAGAUGAACAAUUAAUGAUUGAAAGUUCUGUUGGAGCUCUUGGUGUCCCUAAAAAUCCAGCCAUGGUUCAGCUCAAAAACGUUCUGGGCCCCAUGAAGAACCCAGUGGACCAAAAUGGGCCUGUGACAUCACAUCCCACAGCACAAGCACCAGAGUGUCAGCACCCUGCUGUGACAUCACAUCCCACAACACAAGCACCAGAGUGUCAGCACCCUGCUGUGACAUCACAUCCCACAACACAAGCACCAGAGUGUCAGCACCCUGCUGUGACAUCACAUCCCACAACACAAGCACCAGAGUGUCAGCACCCUGCUGUGACAUCACAUCCCACAACACAAGCACCAGAGUGUCAGCACCCUGCUGUGACAUCACAUCCCACAACACAAGCACCAGAGUGUCAGCACCCUGCUGUGACAUCACAUCCCACAACACAAGCACCAGAGUGUCAGCACCCUGAAGGAGACAGAGAUCAAGCUACUACUGCACCAAUCAGCAUGGCAACAGACUUUCAAGAGGACCGCCUUCUGGCUCACACAAAUUCAGAGACACUUAAUAGUGGACAACCUAAUCAAACCUCUUUUACACUGAAAGUAAAACCUACAAAAGUGAACUCACCUUUACCAAAGAUAAAAGGGGACCUAAAUGAGGCUCCACAUGAAGUCAAGGACCAUGAUAAACUAGUCCCUGAGGUUAUCAACCUUCACCAGCUUGAUGACAGCUUCAACCUCUUCACUAGUGGCGAUUCCAAGAUCCAAAACUCCCCUCCAUCUUGCUUUGCCAGUUCCCUGUCCAAAUUAGAGUGUCCACUUAGCUCCCUGCCAACAUGUGAGGCUAGUGUUGUUCCUGGAAUAGAUGUGGAGGUCAAACCAUGUAGUGAGGUUGAGCUCAACCCUGUUAUCAGUGAGAAUGGGCUUGGCAAUGAUGGAGCCAGUAAACCACUGCCAAAGAGGUUCGGUAAAAAGCCACUGAGCAAGCUCCCAUCAAAGAAACAGAUGACCCAAACCUCAAAACCAACAUCAGAAUCUAUUACAGUGCAGGUUUCGGAGUUGUCCGUGUCUCAAAGUUUGAACGAUAUUCCUAUUCAGAAGUCCAGCUAUAAUUGUGACCCCAGUCAGUGGGAUGACCCUAAUUUUAAUCCAUUUGGAGGAAGCAAUAAAGUGAACAGCUCCCCAAUGCCACCCAAGGGGUCUUACAGCUUUGAUCCAGAAAGGUUUGAUGAAUCUAUAGACCCAUUUAAGCCAUCGAAGACCUUAGAUAAUGAAGUCUCCUCCAAGGCCCCCCAUUCACAAGAGAAGCCUGUGAUCCACCCCCCAGAAGAGAUUAAAGCAUGCCCAAAGAAACGCAAGGACAAGAUUACUUCAAAAUUUAGAAAUACUAAGAAGCAUGAAAAACAAUCCUUGGUUCUGGACAUCUGCAGUCAGGAAAAGGAUGGUGUGGUAUCCCAGGUCCCAGAGAUCACCCACCAUGUGCAAUAUGCCACAGAUGAGGAAAAGCUGGCAUCCAAUGAUAUCAUGACCCAGCAAGCCGAGUCAAAGGAAGAGAAACAUGUCUCAGAGUGUUCUACAGGAUUAUCUAAAAGCAAAACAAAUGCAGGUAUUCUGGAUGAAGUUGUUCUAUCUCCUGCAAUGCCUUGGAUACAAGAUUCACUGGAGGAGGAUACUUGCAGUCUAAAUAAAGAACUAUCAGUUAGCCAAGCUUCUAAGGGAUUGGGAAGCAAGGACCCAGACAAAGGAAGUCUCUCCCUGGACAGCAUGCCGCUCAGUGAAAUGGACAAAGCAGCUGAGCUAAGCCAGAUCAGAGAGGAGAUUAUCAUUAAAGAGAUAGAAGCCAAUCAGUGGAAGAGAAAAUAUGAGGAAAGCCGAAUGGAAGUUAUGGAGAUGAGAAAAAUUGUUGCAGAGUAUGAAAAAACCAUUGCACUAAUGAUUGAGGAUGAACAGCACAAAACCAUGGACUCCCACAAGAGUGUGCAGCAGUUGAUACUGGAUAGAGACCAGGCCAUGGCAGACCUCAACUCUGUGGAGAGCUCCCUUUCGGAUAUGUUCAGGAGAUAUGAGAACAUGAAGAAGGUCCUGGAGGGCUUCAAAAAGAAUGAAGAGGUUUUGAAAAAGUGUGCCCAAGAAUACCUGGUCAGGGUAAGACAAGAGGAGCAGCGGUACCACACACUCAAGAUCCACGCAGAAGAAAAACUGGACAAGGCAAAUGCAGACAUUGCCCAGGUGCGCUCCAAGGCAAACGCAGAGAGUAUUGCUCUAAAUGCCAGUCUUAGAAAGGAGCAGAUGAAGGCAGAGUCCAUGGAGAGAGCCUUGAAUCAAAAGAAUCAAGAAAUCGAGGAGCUUACCAAAAUAUGCGAUGAACUUAUUGCAAAGUUUGGAACAUCAGACUGAACACUUCUGUAUACUGUUCCUUUUACAUUCUCCCUAAGCUUUGUGUAAAAGCAGUGUUUCCCAAUUUCACCAAAGCUUACAGACUGUAUUGUUGUACAUAUGAAUCAUUGCUAUCUACAGUUUCUACAAAAUAUUUGAACUGUAAUUUGGACUGUAAUGUUAAUGUCCCUCCCCACCCUGUGACGUUGCACUCUACCCUAAAUUUUAAGUAAACGGUAAAAGGUGUAGAAAUGCACCCUUCUUGUCGAAAUGUUAAGAAUCUGUUGAAAAUGUGUUGAAGGCCUCAGACAAGUAUAUCCUACAAAACUUACAUUUUCCAAUUGUUUAAGAAAAGACAAUCAAGAAGACAGCUAAAGUACAUGGUGUUUAAUUCUACCUUCAACUGUGUUGAAGGUAGAAGGUAAUAGUUGCAUUUCACAGUGGAAAACUCAAUACAUUUAAUACUGUAACACACUGUUUAUCUUUUGCCACAAGCAAAGAAACAUCUUGCUUGUCAUUUGUGUGCCAAAGAUUAAAUAUCAUGCAAAUUAAUGUAAUUUUAUUUCCCACUAUACAAUACUGUACUCAUGUUAUGUGUCUGUGCUGUUUUGGUAUUCUUUUGUAAUAUCAAUGAUGUGAAUCAACAGCAAUGUCUUUCAUUUAUAAAUGAGUUGCAAGACCGUUGAAAUAUUUGGUUCAAGUGGAUACAGUGAAAGCACAAUGUGCUUUUCCUCUAUUAUUCUUGGAUUUUGCUUGACUUGAAAAUCUCUUUACAAAUGCAUAGCUAUGUGAUAACAGUUUAAUGUACUUAAAAAAAAUGAUGACUUCAUGCAAGGGUUCUCAAACCUUAUCACCUUCAAGCCCCACAACUACUCCAAACCCAAUAACUACUCCAAACGUUUGCAGAAGUGAGCUGCUGUAUACUGUACACCAUUUAGCAGACGCUUUUAUCCAAAGCGACUACCAAGAGAGAGCUUUACAAAAGAGCAUAGGUCACUGAUCAUAACAACGUUGCGAGCAGCCAAAACAUGAAGCAUACAUUGUGAAAAACCAAAUAAGUGCCAAAGGGAAGAACCAUAAGAGCAUGCAGUUAAACAAGUUACAAUUAAACAACAUGUAACAAUCCUAGGGAAAAAAACUCAUAAAAUGUUUGAUUGUGCACAGUUUAGUUCAUAUGAUUAAAAAAUGUACUUGAUGCUUUUAUAACUGGUGUAUCACAUCAAUAUUCAAAAUGUUUUUUUUUUUGACUCAACCAACUUGGGUGCUUGCAUACAAAGUAGCACAGGGUGGGGGGAACCUGAUCAUGUUUGAUUAACUGACAAAUGUUAUGAUUGAGUCAAAUUAAAAGGUUUUCAAAAGACAGCAUUCACAAAAAUGUGUAUGAUGUGGGCAAAUGUAUUGCUAUGUAAGGGUACAUUUUAUACCAUAUUAAAGUAUUUUCUUUUUUUUAUGUUCAUAUUUGUAGAGUGGAAGAAAGAAACAUGCCCAGAUCCAAUUCUGUUUGCUAAUACACAAUACUGUAUAUGCAUUUUGGGGAAAUUAAUCACCCAAAAUAAAGUUAUUGCAGCAGG